UGUGCGACUUUCUUGCGGGACUGUUUAAGCUGGUUGCGACUGCGCGCUAAAAUACGUUCGCGAUUUUAGCCUGAGUUUGUUUUGAGUUUUCUCGUUUCGCUGGCGAAUCGCGUGCGCGUUUUUUGUUUGUCGCGUGCGCGCGUUUCCAGGGCGUUUUGCGUGCGUUUUUCGUCGCUAUUGCGGACCUGGCCAAUGAACUGCGCGGAUAUCGAAAUGGAAAUGAUUUUUUCGGUUGGAGGGGGCGAAUGAAAAUGAAAAUCCCGCCUGCAGCUGGCACUCAAACUUAAUCUGUUACUGUGCGGCGGCUACCAACUGAAAAUAGUGCUCGUAAAAAGUCUGGCCAACAGUAAAAAGCCAUUCAGUGCGGCCAUAAAACCAAAUCAAAACAUAUAUGCCAGUUUGUAGCCUCAAAUGCCCUAUGCCAAGACAAGACUAGCAUACAUAUAAAGUAAUGUUAACAAAAGACCAAACUCGUUUCGAUCGGCAACAAAAAACAAAAAUAUACGAGAGUAUAAAUAAAUAAAAAGGCAAAUUAAAUUAAAUUUAUUUUUAAUUACUCGCUGGCCAAAAGAUCACAUAAAGAGCGUACAAUAAAAUAUUUGUAUCAGUAAAUUAAUUAUAUUGUAUAUAGAAAAACAUGUUGCAAUAAAGCGGUCUUUUAAUGACAUACAAAUAAAAAAAAAAACAGAGGCUCUAACUAAGUCGACGAUUCGGCUUCACUUCAAUCUUCUCGCCGGGCCAAAAAACGAAAGACUUAGGCAACGAACGCGCUGCCAUUUUGUGGUGUCAUUUGUUUUGCAGCAGAUAACGGCGCUUCGGGCGCCUCCGAAUUGCCAAGUGAUAGCAGCCGUAACAAACUAAUUGACAACUCAAAUCCUGCCGGAUCACACAAACGAAAAAAACCAAACAAAAAUACAACACGAAAUAAACAAAAAAGUUAAAAAGAAACAAUUGUUAAACAACGUUUCGCCUGCCACUCGGACUGUCGGUUUGUCGGCUUGUCGGUUUGUGGACCUGGUCGGCAGCCCCACUUCAAUCAAAUCGCUUCGCUGCCCCGAACGACGACAAUUGCCAAGUGUGCCGCUUAAUGUCUUCAAAUGCAUUUCACCAACACAGCCUGGCUGCUGCUGCUGCACAACAGCGAAAAAAGAAGCUGAAAUAAAUUUGCAUAAAUAUUUCACUUGCCAGUUUUUGCUGCCAACCACAUCCGCGUUUUAUAGAUUGAGCCUGGCCAAGAUAUCCCCCGUGUGUGAGUGUGGAAUCGCGUGUGUUUUUGUGGCCUUACUUCUGCAAGCUGCGAUCACAAGGAGGAGAUUCUGGGGGAGAUUCCGAUUUCAAUUCCAAGCAAAUAGCCGUCAAAAUCGUAUUUGCCCUGCCGCAGUGCUCUACAACUACUACUCAUUGGCAUUUCCUGCGCGCACACAGUCUUCCUGCUCCGCUGAGGCAGCCAAACAUACCCAACACUUGCAACUAACCAGUAUCUGGUUUUCAAAGGCGCUACUCUGGCGCUUCAAGCUCAGCAAAUGAUCGGCACCGAGGAUAUGUCCGCAGCGGCUGGCAUGGACAUCAGCGAGUCCUUUCGUGCCGAGGAUCUCUCGAAGGCGGACUUCUUUGACUUUGUGACCGGACCGGACAUGGGCAUCGGCAUAGGAGUGGGCGUGGGCGUGGAAUCGUUGGGCGUCAGUCUGCAUCAGCAGCACCACCAGAACCACCAACAGCCGCCCCACAGUCAUAACGGUCACAACAACAACAAUAACAAUAACAACCACGUCCAGGUGGUGCACCAGCCCAUUACGUCGCAAUCGCAACAGCAGAGCCUCUGCGGUGGUGCGAGAACCAACAGCAACAACAUGAUCCACGACGGCGGAGGCGGUGGUGCAGGCGCCGGUGGUGGUGGUGGAGUCGUGGUGCCCGUGGGCAACCGCAACGGCACCAGCAACGGUGGCGAUCCCACGUUACAGGGCUAUGAGUUUUGGCACCAGGACAAGGACAACAGCCGCCUGGACUCCAGCUCGAUAUUCGAGGACCUCGAUCGCUACUGCUGGCAACAGCAGCCGGUCACAACCAGCGCCAGUAAUGGUGGAUCCGCCAGCACCAAUCAGCCCAGUCCCACCUCGCCGCAGGGUCACCUCCAGCAGCAGCAGCAGCAGCAGCAGCAACAUCAGCAGCAGCAUCAGCAGUUGCAGCAGCAACAUCAGCAACAGCAACAGCAGCAGCAGCAACCGAAUGCGAACAGCUCCUCGGCGGCAUCCAGUGGAGCGGGAAGCAGCAGCGACACCAUCAGCAGCCUGGACACCACCGAUGGCCAGAUCUACACCCUGACAGUAUUAAAUGGAGGAGAGCCCUGGCUGAAGCGCUCGGAGGCGGAACAGCUGCCCACAACGCUGGAUCUGGACAGUCUGCUGGGCAGUUUUCCGGGCUACAUUAAAUCGGAGUAUCCGUACGAUGACAGUGGCUUUGGUACGGAUGGCAAGGAUGUGAUCGGCAAUGGAACGGAUGGUCUCAGCAGUAUUUCCCACGCACAAAACCAGGCUCAGCAGGCGCAACUACAGACGCUUCCCUCGCUGGUCACGGCCAUCUCAUUGGCGGGCGGCAAUGAUUUGGGCCAACAGUUGGCACAAUUCCAGAAUAACAACAACGACUGGCACAUGGCGGAUCACAAUACGGACACGGAACAGAGUACGGCGGAAUCGCUGCUGCGGAGCGCGCUGCAGGGAAAGGGCUACGCAAAGGGUUUGCACAUGCAAAAUGGCUUGACUAUGCCAGUGGUCAAGGAUGAGGACAUGCGACGUUUGCUAUUUACCGAUGAGGCAGCUGCUUUGGGUUUUGCGGACUCCACUUUAAGUGCUGCCCAAAUGUUCGACGAGGCCCAGGGUAUCCAUCUAAGUACCCAACAGCAGCAGCAGCAACAACAGCAGCAGCAACAGCAGCCACUUAAUGGGAAUGCCAAUAUUCUGGUGGACGAUAUGUUCCUAUCGCUGGAGAAUGCCUUCAGCGAUGAUUUCGAGAAGAUCAAGCGCAUCGCCAACGAAGUGCAGCAGUUUUGCAGUGCCGGCUCAGCAGGCACACCAACGCCCGGUGAUUAUGUGCCCACCAGUGAUGUGCUAAUGCAAAUCUCACCCAGUCCGGCGGUUACAUCGGCGGGUCAAUUGCAGCCACCGCAACCGUUGAAACCGGAGGUCAGUACCUCCACAUCGCCCACAUCGGCGGUGGUGACUUCCGGCGCCGCCAGCAGCCAUGUCCGCUCCGGCGGCGGUGUUGUCAAGCCCAAGAAGGCGUACAAACGGAGCAGCAGCAAUAACAAUAAUCCCAAUGUGGCCAACAACAAUCAGAGUAGCGGUGGCAAUCCGCUGAUAGCCGGUGGCAGUGGCAGUGGCAGCUCCUCGUCAAGCGGUAGUGCCAGCAGCAGCAGCAACAGUCCGCCAGCCAAUUCCGGCGGCAGUUCAUCCUCCUCCUCGGGCAGCACACAGCGCAAGGAGCGAUCCCUGCACUACUGCUCCAUUUGCGCGAAGGGUUUCAAGGAUAAGUACUCGGUGAAUGUGCACAUACGCACGCAUACGGGCGAGAAGCCCUUCGCCUGUUCGCUGUGUGGCAAGAGUUUUCGCCAGAAGGCCCACCUGGCCAAGCACUACCAGACGCACAUGACCCAGAAGAACAAUGGCAACUUCAUCAAGGGCGGCUCCGGCAAACACCAGCGAUCGAGUGGUGGAUCCUCGGCAGGAUCGGCCAGUGCCGCACUCAACCAGCGGCAGCAGCAACUUGGUGGCGGUGUGGUGCCACCAUCGCUGCCCGUGAUGAUCAGCAAUCCCAAUACGCCACCUGGCGGAGUACUGCCACCGGCCAAUGGACUCCUGGCCAAUCGGUAGUGAGCACCGGCAGCGGGGGAGUCAUUACCCCGGCUUAACUAUUUCUUGUUCCUUACUCACAAAAUACAAACAUAGAUACACACACCAACACACAGAGACCAACACAAACAAAAUGAAAAUGUAGAGAAACUAUUACUACUGUUAAUACCUAAAUACUCAAACUCGUACUCGUACUCCCAACUCGAAUUUACGUCAUUGAUGAAUUCCUAUUUCAGCUUUCUGUGCAAUUCCUAUAUGCCAACACACACACACACAAACACAGAGACAUACAAACACACUCGAAGCACUUCCAAAUACAAUACUCAACUUAAUGUACAUUUACUCAAAACGAAUUAAAUUUAAAUGUGCCAAAUUUUGAAGAUUUAAAUAACUAAAGUUAAACUAAAGUAUAAAUAGCUAUGCUAGGCGAGUAGAAAUAGAAGUGUAACGAAGCUAAUGAAGCAAUUCCACGAGUGGUGAUAUCAAAAAGAGGCCAAACGCUUCCUUGCUAAACGAUAAUGAGAAUUCU